UUGGAACUGAUGAGAGAGAGAGAGGAGUGGCUGGAGAGCGAGAGAGACGAUGAUGCCUAAAAUCCAGCAGCCGAUCGCCGCCACUCCGGCGGCGGCGGACGGCAGCGAAUACCAGAGGUGGAAUUCUCCGAUUCCGUACCUGUUCGGAGGUAUUGCUAUGGCGUUGGGCGUUUUGGCUUUGGCGUUGGUCAUUUUGGCGUGCUCUUAUCGGAACAGUUCGUCGUCGUCGUCAGAGAAGGCCGCCGGGGAGGAAUCGCCGCCGGAUCUGGAGCCGAGAAUGGUGGUGAUCAUGGCCGGAGAAACUAACCCCACUCAUCUCGCGAAGCCUCUCGCCGCCGCCGGAGCUUCCAGGCCUCCGCCGCUCCGACGAGUUUGAUUUAUUUAUUUUUUAUUUUUUGGAUUUUAUUUUAUUUAUUACAUUUAUUUAAUGUGUUGUAAAAUUUAUUGUGCAUAAAUAAUUUGAAAAUUAAAAUUACAAUAGAACGUGGUAACUUGGUGCUGGCUAUUGGUGUUUGAUUUUUGUUUUGAUUUUAAG